GCUCGUUUGCUUGCGCCGCGCGGUGACCGCGGCGAGGCGGAGCGAUCGAUCGAUCGAUGCGGCCGUGGGAGCGGCGGGGAGCGGGCGGGGACCUGGUGGGGCGCGAGGAUACGGACACGGAGACGAACACGACCAGUAGCACGAGCUCGAGCACCGUUGCUGCGAGUGCCAGCAGCGGCGCGAGGGGGAAUGGGGCGGCUGCGGCGGCGGUGGAGGGGUGGGGGAGCAGCCCCGUGUCGGGGGCGACCAUCAACCUGAGCCGGGAGUACACGCUCGCCAUCCACACCAGCUCAUACAACGAGAUCUGGGCGAAGAUCCAUGUGGACGGGGAUGUGCAGCGGGCGGACGGCCUCGGUGGCGGGGAGGAGGAGGAGGAGGAGAACGAGGACAGGAGCACCCUUGCUGGCGUGCUCCAGCCGGAGGACGCGGUGGUGGAGCGCGCGCUGGGGGACGCGCCGGACACGGAGCUGACCCGCCUCGCCGCGGACUACCUCCGCAGCACGCACCACGCGUCGCUUCUCUGCCUCGCCCUCCGCCGGGCGCUGCGUCGCGCGCGGGCGCUGUACGGGCCCAUCACGGACCUCCUCGCGCUGAUACCGCACGCGCCGCCGCUCGACGCGCCGCACCGCGACUGCGCGUUCGACGCCUUCCUCCUGUUCGACCAAAUGCCCAAUCCAUUCCCGGCCCCCGCGGCCAGCUUCCAGGGCAUGCACCGGAGCUUCGUCGGCCUCAAGAACCAUCUCGACCUUCGCCUUCUCAGGGCUCGGCGCAGGCGCCGGCUGCUGCGCUGCGCGACGCGUGGGUCGGGCAUCUGCCUAAUCGCCUGCACCACCGGCGCUGCGAUCGCGGGCCUCGUGCUCGCGACACACGCCAUUACCGUGCUGGUGGCCGCUGCCCCCGCCUGCGUGGCGUCGCGUGGCUCCUGCUGUCCGGCGGCUGCUUCGAUGAAACGCCUGCAGCAACACAUGGAUCGGCUUGACGCUGCAGCCAGGGGAGCCUAUGUGUUGAACAAUGAUGUCGAUACCAUCGAGCGCCUGGUUGGCAGGCUCCACGCCACCGUCGAGAGUGAUAAGCUACUGGUCCGGCUGGGGCUAGAGCGUGGGAGGGGGCAGCACCACACCAUAGAAGAGGUGGUGCGGCAGUUGAGGAAGAACCACCCCAGCCUGCUACGCCAGCUCGCUGACCUCGAGGAGCACAUCUGCCUCUACUUCGCGGCCGUCAACCGUGCUAGGUUGCUCCUUGUAAACCACCUCAGUGCCCAGUCUGAUCCUGACUGACUGUCCAUUGUCAUGAUAUAAAAUUCAAUAACCGCAUCCACUUCAAGAAAAAACUUGAAGUUGGAGAACCCUUCUAGAGUUAUAGGUUGCCAAAUGAAGUAUCCUGAAGCAAGUUUACACAAUCUUUGUUGUUUCUCGUGACAUGUUAUGCAUUCACUGUUUAUUGCCUGAAACUAUGUGUUCUUGGGUAUUUAUUAAAACUUGACUAAACUUAGCAAUUGUACCAUUUGCUACUCUAUACAUUAACUUUUGCAAUCAUUACUAUGAUAGCAUAGUAAUUUAAUUAUUCUGAAUUUAGUUACAGUGCUCAAUCCUGCCUUUCUGGAAAUUCAACUUUUGCUGUUA